CAUUCAACAAUCCUUCCCGACAUAGCACUCAAAACCCGCGAAAAGAUAUAAAAGAAUUUUGAAAUAUCAAUUCUCAGAAAAAAAAAAAAAACCUCAAAACGUAGUCCACCGACAGAAAAUGGAUCGGAUUCAAGCCGCGAACGAGCUCGCUUUUCGGGUCGGAUUCUCCGGUCACAGUGGCCAUCUGAGGGUUGAGCCUCUAUACACCGUGGAAGACCGUUCCGACCCCAUAAAGUCUCUUCCCGAUUUUAUCCUUCCCCCUGCCUUUCCUAGGGAAACCCCUGAAUCAAUAAAGGAGCAUAUAGAGGAGAAAUAUCUAUCAGUUGGAUUGGAUGCUGAUGAAUUUUCUCCAGAAAAAGUUGGAAGGCAGUGGGAUUUUGAUUGGUUUGGCAUGUCCAAAAUACCUCUAGAGCCAUCUUUGCCAAGGUCUGUUGUGGUCCCAGUAUGGGAGGUGCCAUACCGACGACAAAUGAAGCAAGGGAAAUGGGAGACCAAUUCAGUACAGGUGGACGUAUCAGAACUGAUGAUAGGAUCUCAAGAUUCCCGUCCCUUGCCGCGCAUAGCUGGACCAGCAAAAGAUUUUGUAAGAGGAAGCAUCAAUAACCGUCCUUUUCGUCCAGGAGGUUUGGAGGAUUCCCAAUCUUUAGAGAGGAUUCUUCCUGAUGGCGCCUCUAAUGGUGACUGGGUGCAAGAAAUGCUGAAUGGCGGUCCUGUUCAGGUUAUUCCUCCAAGCUUUAAGCAAGGAGUAGACUUUGGUGAACUAAAGGCAUAUCCUUGUUCAUGGAAUGUUUACACGGACCAGGAUCAAAGGUCUUUUGAGAGCACAUCGGAAGAAAAAUUGAAUGAGUUGUCUGUACAGUUUGAUGAUUUAUUCAAGAAAGCUUGGGAAGAGGAUGUUCCGGAAAUAGAGAAAGAUGGUCAUAAGUCAGAAGCAGAGCCUGGUGAGUUAGAUGCUGAAGUAACUGAGGUUGAUGAACGCAGCAGUGUGCAGGAGCCUGAUCUAUCUGUAUUGGAUGAGAUAUUAUCAGUUGACUCAAAAGGCUCAACAUCAGUAUUGGAUGGUGGUGGUCAACAGCAGCAGAAGGAGGCCUGGGCUGUUAAGGGAGGGAGUGAAGGAAUUGCCGAUCAUUUUUAUGAACUUGUUCCUGACAUGGCACUUGAUUUUCCCUAUGAAUUGGAUAACUUUCAAAAGGAGGCUAUCUACUAUCUGGAAAGGGGGGAGUCUGUAUUUGUUGCAGCUCAUACUUCAGCUGGAAAGACAGUUGUUGCCGAGUAUGCAUUUGCUUUAGCAUCAAAGCAUUGUACAAGGGCUGUGUAUACAGCUCCAAUCAAAACCAUCAGCAACCAAAAGUAUAGAGAUUUUUCUGGGAAGUUUGAUGUUGGCCUUCUCACUGGUGAUGUUAGCUUGAGGCCAGAGGCUUCUUGUCUCAUCAUGACCACUGAAAUAUUAAGGUCAAUGCUUUACCGUGGUGCUGAUAUUAUACGUGAUAUUGAAUGGGUUAUCUUUGAUGAAGUGCAUUAUGUCAAUGAUGUUGAAAGAGGUGUUGUCUGGGAAGAAGUUAUAAUUAUGCUUCCAAGGCAUAUCAAUAUUGUUCUUCUUUCUGCCACGGUUCCAAACACAGUUGAAUUUGCUGACUGGAUUGGUCGAACAAAGCUAAAGCCAAUUCGUGUUACUGGGACGACCAAAAGGCCAGUUCCUCUAGAACACUGCCUAUUUUAUUCUGGAGAGUUCUACAAAAUAUGUGAGAGUGAAACUUUCAUACCUGAAGGGUUGAAAACUGCUAAAGAUGCAUUCAAGAAGAAGAAUUCAAGGGCAAUUGGUGGUGGUAGUGGAUCCUACACUGGGUCUUCAGCAGGUCGAGAUGGGGUUCGAUCUCAGAAACAAGAAAACCAUAAUCGUGGUAAACAGAAUAAGCAUUCUGGUGCCAAAAGUUCAGGGAAUUUCUCUGGGAGUGGUUGGGUGAAUCAAAACAAUGGCAGUAGCCAGAACAAUCGGGGCUCAAGGAGAUCAGAAGCUUCUAUCUGGUUAUCGCUUAUAAACAAGCUGUCAAAGAAGUCACUAUUACCCGUGGUUAUAUUUUGUUUUUCUAAGAAUCGCUGUGAUAAAUCAGCUGAUGCCUUGACUAGCACUGACCUCACUACUAGUUCUGAGAAAAGUGAGAUAAGGAUUUUUUGUGACAGAGCAUUUUCGCGACUAAAGGGUUCUGAUCGGAGUUUACCGCAGAUUGUCAGGGUUCAAAGCCUCCUCCGUCGGGGAAUUGGUGUCCAUCAUGCAGGGUUGCUACCAAUUGUUAAAGAAGUUGUUGAAAUGCUUUUUUGUCAAGGUGUGAUUAAGGUUUUGUUUUCAACAGAGACUUUUGCUAUGGGGGUUAAUGCCCCUGCCAGAACAGUUGUUUUUGAUACUUUGAGGAAGUUCGAUGGCAGGGAAUUCAGACAAUUACUUCCUGGUGAAUACACUCAAAUGGCAGGUCGUGCUGGCAGAAGAGGUCUUGAUAAAAUUGGUACAGUAGUUGUAAUGUGCCGUGAUGAAAUCCCAGAAGAGGAGGAUUUGAAAAAUAUUAUAGUUGGAAGUGCAACAAGGCUGGAAUCUCAGUUUCGACUAACUUAUAUAAUGAUUCUCCAUCUUCUUCGCGUUGAAGAAUUGAAGGUGGAGGACAUGUUGAAAAGAAGUUUUGCCGAAUUCCAUGCUCAGAAGAAACUUCCUGAACAGCAGCAACUUCUGAUGCGAAAGCUUGCUCAGCCAACAAAAACUAUCGAUUGUAUUAAAGGUGAACCCUCAAUUGAGGAGUACUAUGAGAUGUAUUCAGAAGCUGAGAAGUAUAACAACCAGAUAACUGAGGCAGUCAUGCUGUCAUCUUCUGCCCUGCAAUUUCUAACACAAGGAAGAGUGGUAGUUGUGAAAUCACAAUCUGCUCAAGACCACUUGUUGGGAGCUGUUGUUAAAGCCCCUUCAGGCAGUAAUAAGCAAUACAUAGUUUUAGUGCUGAAACCUGAUGUACCAUCAACAACAGAGACUCCUUUGGAAAAAAAUAGUGGGAAAUUCCCAGAAGGUUAUUUUAUGGUACCAAAAUCAAAACGUGGUCUUGAAGAUGAUGGCUACUUUGCUGCUCCUACUUCUCGUAAAAGCUCAGGUGUCAUCAACAUAAAACUACCAUACCAAGGUACUGCAGCUGGAAUAAGUUACGAGGUCAAAGGAAUUGAUAGUAAAGAGCUACUAUGUAUAUGCGCUAAGAAGAUAAAGAUUGAUCAAGUUCGACUUCUUGAAGAUGGCAGCAGUGCUGCCUUCUCAUCAACAGUUCAACAGCUACUGGAUCUGAAAUCUGGUGGAAACAAAUAUCCUCAGGCCCUUGAUCCAUUAAAAGAUUUGAAGCUGAAAGACAUGGAACUUGUGGAAGCGUACUACAAAUGGAAUAGCCUAUUGGGAAAGAUGGCAACAAAUAAGUGUCAUGGUUGUAUAAAACUGGAGGAGCACCUUAAGUUGGCCAAAGAGAUUAAGAGACAUAAAGAGGAAGUUAAUGCUUUAAAGUUUCAAAUGUCAGAUGAAGCUCUUCAACAGAUGCCAGAUUUUCAGGGACGGAUAGAUGUUCUGAAGGAAAUUGGUUGUAUUGAUGAGGAUCUUGUAGUUCAAAUCAAAGGUCGUGUUGCUUGUGAGAUGAACUCCGGGGAGGAGUUGAUAUGCACGGAAUGUUUGUUUGAGAAUCAACUUGAUGACCUGGAACCAGAAGAAGCUGUAGCUAUAAUGUCUGCUUUUGUCUUUCAGCAGAAGAAUACUUCUGAACCGCAUCUUACUCCUAAACUUUCUGAGGCUAAACAAAGAUUGCAUAACACGGCCCUAAGACUUGGGGAGCUUCAAGCCUAUUUCAAACUACAGAUCGAUCCUUUGGAGUAUGCCCGAGAAAAUCUCAAGUUUGGUCUUGUUGAAGUGGUUUAUGAAUGGGCAAAGGGGACACCAUUUGCAGAUAUCUGUGAGCUUACAGAUGUUCCUGAGGGUAUGAUAGUUCGGACGAUCGUCAGGCUGGAUGAAACCUGCCGUGAAUUCAGAAAUGCCGCAGCUAUUAUGGGUAAUUCUGCCCUGUACAAGAAGAUGGAAACAGCCUCUAAUGCAAUAAAGCGCGACAUUGUUUUUGCAGCCAGUUUGUACAUCACUGGAGUUUGAUUAUGCCACACUUCCCCUUCCACGGGACAAAAAUUUUCUUUAUACCAAAGAAUGGCCGGGCUCCAUGUUCUGAAAUUUAAAUAGCUUCUCAAAUGUACUGUAGAGUAUUCCUCCUUAGUUUGUCUCCUUGAACAGUCAAUAUCAGUGCUAGUACUUUUUAAUAUUUAUUUGAAAAUAGGCAAAAGCAAUUUUAGAAAUACUUUCA